AACCAGACGAACCUUCCUAGCAAUUAAGCAGCAACUACUUUAUAUAUGUCGUGUUUGAUUCACAUUUAAUUUCUUCACAUCAAUAUUUUUAGCGUCCCUUCAAACCUCCAAAACUGCCAUUGCAUGCAUUCCCUUCCCAUUCCCAAUAUGGAUCUCAGAAACCUUACAACUCUUUGGUUUCUCUCACUGGUUCCUUGUUGCUUACUCUUCCAUCUUCCUUUACAUCAUGCUCUAUCAUUCAAGUACCCUAAUUUUACCGAUAGCAGCAGGCUGAUAUUGAAUGGCACUGCCGCCAUCCAAAAUGGAGCUCUAUCCCUCACCGGUAACAACCCCAAUGAAGAUUUCGCAGCCGGCCGAGCUGUAUAUAUUGAACAGCUUCAUCUUUAUGACCCGAUUACAGGUAAUUCCACGGACUUCACUACUAAAUUUUCAUUUAAAAUAUCAACUGUUCAGUUACCAGGUCAAGAUGGGCUCGCUUUUUUCCUUGCACCCAAUGGUUCUCUCCUCCCGGAUUAUGCUUCCGGAGGAUGCCUUGCCCUUUUUAGCCAGUGUGACAAUUUCAUCAUCUCAAGAAAAGAAUUAGUUGCUGUCGAGUUCGACACCUAUAAGAAUACAUGGGAUGAAAGCGAUGAACAUGUCGGUAUCAACAUCAAUUCCAUCAAAUCAAAUUCGACACAAACUUUGAGCCGAAGUAUGAAAGAUGGAACAAGAGUGGAUGCAAUAAUCCGUUACAAUUCUAAAGCCAAUGAUUUAAGCGUAUACUGGUCUUUCCCCGACGACCCAUUUGUCAGCCUUCCAUUUCAUAUUAACCUGACAACAUAUUUGCCUGAAUGGGUAUCCAUUGGCUUUGCGGCGGGAUCAAACUAUGACUUUGAGACGCAUGAAAUCCUUUCAUGGGAAUUUACAACGGAGUUAUUACCAGCUCCAGAGACUCCGGACAGUCCUAGUGCUGGAUUAAUUGUCGCUUGUGUAAUUGGUGGGUUACUUUUAGCCUGUGGAAUAGUUUUGGUGUUGGUGUUCGUUUGGAGAAAAAGGACUAAAGGAAAGGGAAAAGAGGGUGUAAAGAAUGUUGAUCCCAUGGAACGAGAGAUUGAACAUACAGGACCUAAGAGGUUCUCUUAUGAUGAGCUUGUUCGUGCCACAAACGACUUUGCAGAAGAAGGCAAACUUGGUGAAGGAGGUUUUGGAGGUGUUUACAAAGGUUUCUUGAGUGAUCUGCAGCAGUUUGUCGCAGUGAAAAAGGUUUCUAGACCGUCUGAUCAGGGAAAGAAGGCGUACACAACAGAGAUAAAAAUCAUUAGUGUAUUGAGACAUAAAAACAUGGUACAACUCAUUGGUUGGUGCCAUGAAAAGGGUGCUCUUCUUCUUGUCUAUGAGUUCAUGCCUAAUGGUAGCCUUGAUUUUCACCUUUUUGGAGGUAGAACCCUUCUUAAUUGGGAAGUUAGGUAUAAGAUAGCCCUUGGUCUUGCCUCUGCAUUGCUUUAUCUGCACGAAGAAUCUGGACAAUAUGUGGUGCAUAGGGAUAUCAAAUCCAGCAACAUAAUGUUGGAUUCAGAUUUCAAUGCCAAGCUUGGGGACUUUGGUCUAGCGAGGCUGAUGGAUGGAGAGGCUGGCGUGAAAACAACAGGGCUAGCUGGAACAUGGGGUUACAUAGCACCAGAAUAUGCAAGCACCGGCAAGGCCACCAAGGAAUCAGACGUCUUCGGCUUCGGUGUAGUGGUGCUGGAAAUAGCAUGCGGAAAAAGAUCGACGGAAGCCAAAUACGAGGGGCCACACGUUCCAAUUGCUGGCUGGGUUUGGGAGGCAUAUGGAAAUGAAAGGCUUCAUGAAGCAGUUGACAGUAAAUUGUUGGAGUUUGACAUGAAACAGGUGGAGUGUAUGAUGAUUGUUGGACUCUGGUGCGCCCACCCGGAUCAGAGUUUGAGGCCAUCCAUAAGGCAAGCCUUACAAGUUCUCAAUUUUGAUGCACCAUUGCCAAAUCUUCCCAAGAAGAUGCCUGUUGCCAACUACAAUGUACCUGUCGACGUCCGUCUAGAAAGCACGGAUUCGGCGUCCACGAUGUCUUUGUCAUCCAUUAACAUCGGCCGUUAAAGUAGUCUGCAAACUCAUUUUAUCAGUUGGCCGGAUGUCUCUUUUUCAUGGUUGUAUGUUAAAAUCAUGCUCUGGUCUCGACUUUUAGAUUAUAUGUUUCCGUGUAAUAAUGUCGGCACAAGUAUGCAUGAUACCAUUGGAUUUUGUCUCCCAAAAUUCUUCUUUCGAGCGUUUUGAUAUGUAUAUUUUAUUAUUGA